UUCAGGAGCAUCGGCUCGAGAACAAACAUCUUGGUUUCUCGAACGAUUCUCUCUAGCUUCUCUUCUUGUCUAGCUAGGCAAGGCAGCUUCCAUUUCCUUCCUUGUUUUCCAUAUACAUUUGGUUGUGUAGCUAGCCUCUAGCUUCAGUUUUCUUGUUUACUGCAAGAUAUCUUUGCCUUUGAUUACUACAAGAAAAUUCUAAUGAAGACGGUUGGGAUAUCGGAAAAGUUAUGUCAGUUGAUAGGAAUAUCUCCACCGCAUCAUAGAGUUAGUAGAAAAUAUGGAUCAAAUACAAUACUAUCUGGUUCAAGGAGAAAAGGAUCAUCGGUUCUUUUCGGUUUUGGUUGCGUUCUUGGAGUUUCAAUCCUUAUAAUUACAACUAUCAUCCUCAUGUUCCCAAUUCUUUCACCAUCAAUUAUGAAUCCCAUGCUUCAGAAUAAUAUUAACAAAUUAUAUCAAAAAAUUUCACUUUCUCAUUUGUCUUAUGAUACCACUACCACCACCACUACUACUAUUACAAGUACUAGCUUUUCUUCAUCUUCUUUGGAUUCUUCACAAGACUUAUCGGAGGAUAACUCUUUCGAAGCGAAUCAAACGACAAUUCCUUCUUCCUUACAGGAGUCAUUGGAUAACUCUACGCAGACGGAUCAAACAAUAAUGCCUUCUUCAUUCUCGGGCUCAUUGGAUAACUCUACCGGGACGGAUCAAACGGUAAUUUCUUCUGCCUCUUCGGAGUCAUUGGAAAACUCUACUUCGGUUGUGGAGUCACUGGAGAACACUACCGCCACGGAUCAAACUGUAAUUCCUUCGGAUUCUUCUUCAGAGUUAAUGGAGAACUCUGCCGAAACAAUUCAAACAGAAAGCAGUGGUACAAUUGCUAACUACUCGAGUGCCCCUAAAGUUGAAGAAUCGGCGGCUACAAAAGCAGAGGAUCCAGUUGUCAGUCAUUUCUCUAAUAAUAAUGAAAUUAAAUUGUAUGAUGGUGAGAAGAAACAGGCAGAAGAAACUAGUGAUACUUCUUCUUCUUCUUCUCAAGGCCAUGAGUGCAAUAUUUUUGAAGGUGAAUGGGUAAAGCCGGUGAAGAAUCGAGAACCAUUUUAUCCUCCUGGUACUUGUCCUUAUAUCGAACAAUCACCUUUCGAUUGUUACAAGAAUGGGAGACCAGAGGAUGCAUUUCUAAAAUUGCAGUGGGAAUGGCAAUCUCACCCAACAAAUGCAGGAUGCAACACUAAUUUCCCAAGCAUGCUUAAUGCAACGGAUUUCCUAGAGAGAUUAAGAAACAAAAAAGUGGCGUUUGCGGGAGAUUCUCUAAAUAGGAAUAUGUUUGAAUCUCUGAUGUGCAUCCUUUGGAAUGCCGUCCCGGAUAAAAGCCGAGUCCAUUGGGUCUCUGGGUACGCAGAUUACAAGAUUAGAGGCGAUAAAUCGUUGAGAUACGAGGACUAUAAUUGUACCGUAGGAUUUGUAUGGUCUCCUUAUCUAGUCAAAGAAACAAAUCCGAGGAAUCGAAGAAACGAGACGAAUAAGAAUGACCCAGAGAAAAUGAGACUAGAUAUGAUUGACGAUCACGCAGCAUCGUUCUACCGCGAUGCCGAUCUUGUGAUUUUCGAUUCAUGGCACUGGUGGAUUAAUGAUAAAACUAAUAGCGGCGUAAACUAUUUUCAAGAAGGCGAUUACUUGUACCCGAAACUAGAUAUGAUUAAAGCAUAUAAGAAGGGUCUGACUACAUGGAGGAAAUGGAUGGACAAGAACAUUGAUCAUACCAGAACUCGAGUUGUUUUCAGAGGAUAUUCAGUUAACCAUUUCCUUGGAGGUAAAUGGAACACCGGUGGGAAAUGUAACAGAGAAUUAGAACCAAUCGCGAGUAACGAAACAUAUCGAGAGAAGAGUCCCCCAAAGGUGAAAAUACUGGAAGACACAAUUCGGAAAAUGAAGACUCCUGUUAUAUAUCUGAAUGUCACAAAGCAAACGCACUAUAGAACCGAUGGACACCCUUCACUCUACCAUAAAAAUUUCAAGACGUACAAAGAGAGGCUUGCAGCUGUGCUGAAUCACCAGGAUUGUAGUCAUUGGUGCUUACCAGGUAUCCCAGAUACAUGGAAUGAAUUGCUGUAUAUUUCUCUCUUGAGGGACGGUAAAGGAUCAUUUGCCCGGUGAUAGCAUCUUCUGUAGAAAGUAGCGGUGGUUAAAAUCCAAUUCUUUUAUCGUGCCAAAAGAAAGUGAUGAAAAAGAAGCUUUCAGUACAGACCCACUAUCUUGGAUGCACACUCCGGAAUAUAUUCCUUCACAGGUAAGCCCUUGAGCGACCCUUCCUUCUCAGUCCAGUUGAAUCCUAAUAAUGGACAUCAGAGAAAGUGUUGUGUUAGGUCUGUUUCUCUGACCGUACCCCAGUGCAUAGGGCGUCACUUUUUAACUGCUCCCUGGGGUACGUACCAUAUGGGAAGUUAUGUAUGUGGGUGGGCAAUUCUCAUCUCAAAAGUAUGUAUGUAUGUUCAAGAGGAAAGCGUUAAAAAUGUGGCUAUUAUACGAUGGGUUUAACAAAGUUCCCUCC